CUAGUUGACGUCCCGAGAUAUUUCAUUAUCAACAAAAGUGAAAAAAUAACCUCAAGAAUUCUUUGAAAAUGUCGAAGAGACUCAAAUCUAUCCUCCAAAAAUUUAAUUGACGUGUGAAAUUCGUGAAGAGCAAUUCUGUUGAUGUGUGUCACAAGAACUCGGUGAUUAACCGUUUCGUUGUGACAAAACCAACGUCGAGACCAAUAUUAUCAGUAACAAGUUCAUCAGGUUUUAAUUAAUUCUGUUCAUCAUUAGAUGGUUACCGUACUAGUGUUAUCAAAAUGCUACUACAUCUGGAUUUUCCAGAGUAUCUUAGGUAUAAUUAGCUGUCCAGUGCAUUAAUUUGCACACAAUGACACCAGAAAGGCUGCAUCACGUCUAGAAAACAUGUGCAGAUGUUACGUAGUACAUUUAGAUGGAUGACAGGUCUAUGGAACAAUAUGGAUCAGAAUAAUACAACAAAUAAUGUGGAGAGCACUGCCACCAUUAGUGAAGUGCCAGUGACACCAGAUGCGAUCGAGGUCGAUAAUUCCCAGACGAUACUCCUAAAAAUAGCCACACUAUAUGCUGAACGUCUCAUGAAUGAUAUUUGUUUGGUAGUGGAUGGAAUCGAGUACCCUGCCCAUCGAUUGAUUCUGUGUGCAUCUAGUGAUGUGUUUCAGGUAAUGCUGAUGUCCCCCCAAUGGUCGGAAUCUCAAGAAUCCCGAGUAACUUUGCGGGAGACCCCGCAAUGUGUCCCCUUAUUCAGCGAAUUUCUCCGGUACUUCUACACCGGCCAAAUUCGAAUAAGCUGCGAGGUAGUCUUGCCAAUCCUCUCCCUAGCCGACAAGUACAACGUUCGUGACUUGAUAACCCUGUGCCUUGAGUACAUGCACAACCAUAUAGCUGUAGCCGCCCUUCAUGGUACCCUGGUCUCCUGGCUAGAGUACACAUCGAACUGCGGCCACCAGGACAUCACUCAGACCUGCCAAAACUUCAUAAAAUGGAACAUCGAGUUGGUGGCAGGAACUGCUGACUUUGGAAAUUUUGACCUAGACGUUCUUGUGGUCCUUCUUCACCAGAGUGAUCUUGUCAUCAAGGACGAGAUGACCCUCUACAAAUGUCUGGAGGACUGGCUGGACCACCAGGCGAAUCGUCUCAAGGCUCAGCUGAGCCCCACAGAAUUCGAAUCAACGCUGAAACAGCUCGUUGUUGCUGUCAUGACACCAGUGAGAUUCCCAAUGAUGUGGCCAAGACAACUGGCGGAGCUCCUCCUCUUCCCUUUGACCAAGAAGUACAAGGAGUUCUUCGUGGAGAGAAUGGCCAUAGGUAUGGCAUUUCACUCGGGAUAUCAUGAGAGGGUCCGCGAGGUCAUCCGGACUGAGGACGAUGGGGCCUUGCUAUUCGAGCCAAGAUUGUAUACUGUCGACACCUGCAGCUCACUCCUGACAAUCGAGAAUUUCCACAGUCUCCCCUCGUAUCACACGAGAACUCUGGUUUUUUCCAGCCACUCGUUCCUCGCGGAAUACGCUGGCGAUCGCACUUGCGAGUGGGUCGUUGACCUCUAUCCGAAGGGGGUCUGGUUUAAGAAAUUCUUUCUCAUUGUGUGGCAGGGGACUGUGGAAAUGCCUGAGCAUGUCAUUAGGUCGGUGAGACUUUCGUUGACUUGCAAAGAACCACCCUCUGAUCGUCAUGAAGACAUGAGGGUGAAGAUUGGGGUGCUUAUUUAUGGCCUUCAAGAUGGGGUUGAGCACAUUGCCAGGGUAACUGAGGUCAUUCAUCGGUUUAAUAAAAAGGAUAGGGUUCUUAAUCUGGAUGAUCUACUGCCUUUUGAAGAGCUCAAUCCACAGCAGGGAGUCCUCCAGAGUGAUAAUUCUGUUUCACCCUUCCUGGUGGGGGCUAACAAUGACACGCUUAAAUUGCAUAUUGUUAUCUCCUCCGCUAAUUAGGACUGAACGAUGAGGCAAUGGUAAAAGUUCUUGUGAAGGGUCUCUGAUAAUUAUAUCAGAACUUUCUGUUCCUCUAAAAGCCCGCAGAUUUUUUUCUUUGAGAAUUCCUUGGGGAAAGAGUAAAUUGAUCUUUGAAAAAUAAAAGCUCGGGAUUAAUCGCUCCCAACUAAAUCGGUCCUAUCAAAAUUAAUUGAUUCAUCAAUUUAAAUUGGGUAAUUAUUUCAUGCAAAUGUUUUUCCGUUGAUAAGUUUAUUUUUAUCAUCAUAAUAACAAUUGAUAUGUUUUGCGCGUUCGUACUCUUCCACUGAAGUAUGUUUAUUUUGUUAUUGUUAGCUAGUUUAUUUGGAUCCAAAUUACGCCGAUUUGUUUCGGAGAAUUUCAGAGAAAAUGUUUCACUGAAAAAAUAAUUGUGGUGGUACCGGUAUAUCUGCUUACUGGAUUGAUUGAGAUUGUGCUUUGCUCGUGCAGUUGAAUGCCAGGAAUUCCAUGUGUUCCGUCACGCGUAACUGUGCCAAUAUUAUUUUUGUUCUCUAUUGUUCAUACGUAAUGCAUAUGCUUGAUGAGUCCUUGGAGACGAAGGAAAAUCACGAGAGCAAUGAUUAAUAAAACAUGGUGUUGUAAUUUAUGUGAUAUGGAGAAAGAUAUUUUGUGAGAAUACAUGUCGAGUGAACUAACA